AUGAUCACCGUACAAUACUCGAAAUCGCCACACGAACAUAUCCGCCUGGCAAGUCAAGAGGGUGCACAGAACUUGGCUAUACUUGAAUAUCUCGCCGAGGGUAACGCGAAUAUCGUUUACUCCUUCCAACCAAUCACCAACAACGUGCUUCCUCAUGGCCUUCGCCAUAAGCUCCUGCGAUUGAGGAAAGAUAAGUCCUUCAUACAACCCACGAAGGCUCAGUCCUUGACUUUUCAACAAGAAUUUCUUCCGUUGUUUCGACCCAACAACCUCGUAGAGCAAACAUUGAUCACACUGGAUGAGGUGCUCAUCAGACAUCUCAACCAGGAGCUUGAAGAGCACGAGGUCGCAAAGCUUCGAAAACAUAUGCGUCACGGUGACCGAUUAGCAAUCGACGAGUAUGGCUUGCUGAUGACUGACAUGACUGCUAGUCAUGGCGAGUAUUUGUUCGAAAUCAAGCCCAAGUGGUUACUACAGUCACCCGACGCACCUGAAGGCUCUAAGAGAUGCAGGACUUGCGCGUUGAGAUUGCAAAGGGCUCAUGCAAUGGCUAGAGGCGCCGUAAUGCCGAAACCAGGCGGGUUCUGUCCCCUUAGUUUGGUUGACGUGGACGUCGAAGAAAGACAAACGGCCUUCAGGAGCAUCAUUGAAGCACAGGCCGGUGACCUGUCCGAUGAGUCUGUGAGCUCGGUUGUCACCUUCCUAGCCGAAAAGGGAUAUCAAGUUCUCGAAACUCUUCGCAAGCACCAAUCGCAGUUUGACAACCAGGGAGUGUCAAACGACUACUCAAAAGCAAUGACCCUCCGUGAUUGUGUGUUGUUUGUCAAGGGCUCAAUAGACACAUUCGAGAACACAGCAGACAUCCGCCUAGCAGAUAUGGAUUUCAAGCAUGCUCAUCCGGACAAGGUAGAAAAGUGGAUGGAAACUGAAAGAACUCUCAUAGACGAAGGCUGGGCCUGGCUUAGCGUGUUUGCUUACUCGAAGAUCACUUUGAACCAUCUAAGCAUGGCUUUCGGAACAUGGGAGUUCUUUGUCCUCAAUACCAGCAAGUAA